ACCCCGACACCCUGUCCCGGCGGUGCGCCCGAGUCCACAGCGAGGCCGGCAGAAACCCCCAGCUCAGUGGCAUUCGAGGGACGUCUCCCCCCACCCCUGCUUUGCAGGGUGAAGCUUGGAGGCACAGUGGCCAGGCCCGAGGGUGUCCUGGGGCCCUGGCCGGCAAGCAGGGGCGGGGGCCAGCCUGCGUCACCGCCCGCCCGGCCCCCCGCCCCCCGCCCGCCCAAACUCCACCCCGAGGGAAGGCGGCGCGGAUAAAGGCUCGGUGGCCGCCCGCUGGGCCCCAGACCGGCCCAACCACCGCGCACUCCGCUCCGGACGCGGUUACACUCCAGCCUGCUGGGACCCAGGACCCGCCGUGCCUGAUCCUCCGAGCGGCAGCGGCGGCGGCUGUUGCUAAGGGAGGGGACGCGCGAGGAAGCUCGACCGGAGCGGAAGGCGGCACGGAGCGCGACCGGCUGAGUGGCGCCCCCUCCUCCGGGACCCUCCCCCGCGCCGCGCCUCGGUCUCCACCUGCCGCCCUUUAGAGGAGCCGCGAGCGCAGUCCCCACCCUCGGAAGGUGCCCCCAGGAGCCGACGCGAUCCCGGAGGGAGCGCCCCUCGGAUUUCUGGUUUCUGAUUUGUUCUCCACCGCUGGGACGUUCACGAAGGGGACGCGCGCUGUCCCCCGUCCUCGAGUGCCCGGAGGACCCUGGUUGAGGGGAGUCCCCCGCCCCUGCCCCGGAGGCGCGGCGAGGAUCGGUGGCGCCCCGCGAACCCCAGCCCCCCAGCGCGCGCCGGGGAUGGAGCCGCAGCCCGGCGGCGCCCGGAGCUGCCGGCGCGGGGCCCCCGGCGGCGCCUGCGAGCUGGGCCCGGCGGCCGAGGCGGCGCCCAUGAGCCUGGCCAUCCACAGCACGACGGGCACCCGCUACGACCUGUCGGUGCCGCCCGACGAGACGGUGGAGGGGCUGCGCAAGCGGCUGUCCCAGCGCCUCAAAGUGCCCAAGGAGCGCCUGGCACUGCUCCACAAGGACACCCGGCUCAGUUCGGGGAAGCUGCAAGAGUUUGGCGUGGGGGAUGGCAGCAAGCUGACGCUGGUGCCCACCGUGGAAGCGGGCCUCAUGUCUCAGGCCUCAAGGCCCGAACAGUCUGUGAUGCAGGCCCUGGAGAGUUUGACCGAGACCCAGCCCCCAGCGGCGCCCGGGCCGGGCCGGGCUGGCGGAGGAGGCUUCCGGAAAUACAGAUUCAUUUUAUUUAAGCGUCCGUGGCACCGACAGGGACCCCAGAGCCCAGAGAGGGGCGGCGAGAGGCCCCAGGUCAGUGAUUUCUUGUCAGGCCGCUCACCGCUGACCCUGGCACUUCGAGUGGGUGACCAUAUGAUGUUCGUCCAGCUGCAGCUAGCUGCUCAGCAUGCCCCACUGCAGCACCGCCACGUGCUGGCUGCUGCUGCAGCUGCAGCCGCCGCUGCCCGAGGGGACCCCAGCAUAGCCACUCCUGUGUCUUCUCCCUGCCGGCCAGUGUCCAGUGCUGCCCGCGUCCCCCCGGUGCCCACCAGCCCUUCGCCUGCGUCCCCUUCACCUGUCACUGCCGGCUCCUUUCGAUCCCAUGCAGCCUCCACCACCUGCUCUGAGAUGGAUUGCUCUCCCCCAGCCAGCAACAGCAUCAGCCCUGGUGCCAACAUCACAUCCACCCCAGGGGGCAGCCCUACACCCCGCUCCCGCAAACCUGGCGCUGUCAUUGAGAGCUUUGUAAACCACGCCCCAGGGGUCUUCUCAGGGACCUUCUCUGGCACACUGCAUCCCAACUGCCAGGACAGCAGUGGGCGACCGCGACGUGACAUCGGCACCAUCCUGCAGAUCCUUAACGACCUCCUGAGUGCCACACGGCACUACCAGGGCAUGCCCCCCUCGCUGACCCAGCUCCGCUGCCAUGCCCAGUGCUCACCCGCUUCACCGGCCCCCGACCUCACCCCCAAAACUACCUCCUGCGAGAAGCUGGUGCCCCCAGCCUCCCUGCUACAGAGCCAGAUCCGCAUGUGCAAGCCCCCCCCAGGGGACAGGCUGCGGCAGACGGAAAACCGGGCCACGCGCUGCAAGGUGCAGCGUCUGCAGCUGCUGCUGCAGCAGAAGCGGCUGCGCAGGAAGGCCCGGCGCGACGCCCGCGGCCCCUACCACUGGCCGCCCAGCCGCAAGGCCGGCCGCAGCGACAGCAGCAGCAGCGGGGGAGGCAGCAGCCCCAGCGAAGCCGCGGGCCUGGGCCUCGACUUCGAGGACUCCAUGUGGAAGCCGGAAGUCAACCCCGACAUCAAGUCAGAGUUCGUGGUCGCUUAGGAUCCGGCCCCCUUGGCCCUGGCGGCCCAGGCCAGGCACCGGCCCGGGACGGGAGAGCGCGGCUCAGCCCGGAGGGCAGGCGGUCACCUCCUUCCCAUCCAGUAGCCUUUCUCUCUCUCUGUUUUUUUAAACUCUUACCAUGGUCUUCUGACCCCCCAUGGACUUGGCUUCCUACCUCUCCUCCUGACACAGUCCCACCUCGUCCCCCUCCCGUGUCCCGGCCACCUUCCCCAUCUCCAUAUAUGUAGCAUCUUUCCAGAUGGCUAAGAGCGGCGACCAGGAUGCCGCCCCCACCCCUUCCGCGCCCCCUGCCCUCCGCCUCCCCUGCCCGAUUCAGGUUUUAAGUCAAAAAUGUAGACGCCUCAUAAUGCACUUUACACACGAGGGGAAGGGGGCCGCGGACAGGACCCCCACCCGCCGCCGCAGACGUGGCCUCACCCCAGGCCAGCAGGACCUGCACACAGAACCCAUGUGUGCCCCCAGGUCGCUGGCGUCGAUCGGGGACUGUGUCCUCUGGUCCGUCUGUCCUGUUUUCUUGGUCUCCUUUUCCAUUUUCCUUUUUUUUUUUUGUCUUCAAAAAGAAAAGUGAGGCUGGUUGAGCAGAGAGGCUGGCCCGGGAGGGGGAGCAGCCUUAGGUUCAGGUGGGGGACAUGGGACCCUUUCCUGCCAGGAAAGGAAGGGAGGGGAAGGGACCUCCGCCCAGCCCCUGCCAGCCACGACAGUGCGGUUUCCUUUGCCACCCCCUGCCCCCAACCCCCCUUUUUCCUGACCUCCUGCCUGAGCUUGGGGUAUUUAUAGACUAUUAAUUUUCUGACUGAGCCAAUAGGGUUUGGGAAUCGCUUGAAAAACUGGGAGAGAAAUGGCUGGGGGGCCAGGGAGACGCCCCCACCCCUCCUUCCCAGCCCAACCUGAGGGAUAUGGGGUUGUGGAGUGUGGGGGGCCCUCUCCUGCAGCCAGGAUGGGGGUGCUGAGCUGUGAAUCCCCUGGGUAGGGGCAACGCUGUGUAGCAUUAACCCCCUUUGGGGGGGUCCGCUGCUGGUCUAACUUGGACCUUCUCCACUCGGUGCCCAUGCCCUGGGCAGGUGUCUGUGGCCCCCGGGGCAUAGGGCAGACCCUCCUCUGCCCCCAGGGCCGUUUCAAUGGGGGUGGAGUGUUUGGUUUUUUCCCCCCAUUCACUUUUUAUUUCUUAAGGAUAAUGGACACGUUUGGGCCCUGCUCCCCCACCUGUCAGUCUCGUCCUGGUCCCCCCUCCUACCCGCUUUGUCCUUGUAGGUGAACCCCAGAUCCCCCCAGCCCCAUUAUGUGUUUAAAGUUAAUGGUUUCAGAUGUGAACAUAAUGUGUUAACUGUAGCUUUGUAAAUUUUUUUGUGGGGGGUGGGCAGGGAGGGGUCCAAGAGGGUAGAGGUCAAGAAUUUGGGUUUUUUUGUUUUGUUUUCAUUUUCCAAAAAAAAAAAAAAAAGAAAAAAACAAAAAAGGGGCGGGUUUGUUUUUUGAAGAACUGUCUUGGAUACCUAUUUAAAUGUGUGUUGUUUUGUUUUUUAACGAUUUUUAAAUGACGUCUGUGCCUCCUGCGGGUCUGAGGGUGGAGGCAGGAACUGGCCCAACACCUCUGCCCUCAUCAGGGCCCCCCCUCCCCAAGAAAGCAUUACCCACCCUCUGGGGUCGGGCUUUGGGGGGGUCCCGGCACCUCGCGUGAGUUUCCCAUAUAAAAACAUGAAAUUGAAAAAAAAGCUUACACAGGCACCGUGAUUUCAAGUAAUAAACAGAAAAUGAAACACGA